AUGGACGCGCCACAGACGCUCAGCGCUCGGCCAUGCACGCACUCGAGCAGCGAAAGCCCAGUAAUAGACUGCAGUCCAGUCUCCGUGAGCGAGUGCCUCGAAGAUGACGAAGAAAUGGCUACAACGACGGAGACGUCGCAGCUUCUGGACAAGAAAAAGGACGAUACGAGCAGCAAUAGUAAACUCAAGCUGAAAUAUAAAAAUAAAUUACCGGCCGUGGAGCUCGAGCCUGAAAAGGGACUGGAGCUGCUCGAUACGAAGGAAAAGGACGAAGAAGGUGAAGAAAGUCAAGUCAAGACGUCGUACGUCUCGCCGUCCGUCGUGGUCUUUUGGCUCGCCAUGUGGUUCCUCCAGAACAUUGGCGUGACUUUCUGGAACAAAAAAGCACUCAGUGCUCUGCAGUUGCCCGUGACGCUCACGUUCGUACAUAUGACGUGCAACACGCUGGGUGCUUUUCUCUUCAUUUACGUGUACAAGGGCAUUGACCGCAAACCGCUCAAGCCUGGCCAAACCCAGCUCAUGGUCUCGUUUUCGUUCAUUUUCGUGAGCAAUAUCAUCACUGGCAACUGGAGUCUUGGACUCGUGUCCAUUUCAUUGAACCAGGUGAUGCGGGCACUUGUGCCAUCUGUUGUCAUUGUGCUCAGCAUGCUCAUUCUAGGCAAAACGUACACGCUUGAGCGGAAGUUGUCGCUGGUUCCAGUAGCUUUUGGGGUUUACUUGGCAUGCACGGGGGACAACUCGUGCACGGUGAUUGGGUUCAUUAUCACAGCCGUGGCUGUACUCUUUGCAGGCUUGAAGGCUGUGCUGUCGAAUAAGUUUUUGAGCGGGGACUUAAAGUUGCACCCCGUAGACUUGAUUCUGCACCAGGCCCCUUUGUCAGCGUGCUGGUGCUUGGCCGCGAUGUUUCUAUCUGGUGAAGUCGACACUAUCAUGAACAAUUGGGAAGCUGUGCCGUCGGCCAGUUUUUGGUACAUUCUGACCGGUAUCAUCAGCUUCAUGCUGAAUGUCACGAGCUUCAUGGCGAACAAAGUCACGUCUCCUGUGACAUUGUGCGUAUGCGGAAACAUGAAGCAGGUGGUCGUGAUUGUGAUGUCUAUCCUCAUCAACAACGACGUGAUCACGGCGCAGAAAGUCAUCGGUAUCGUCGUUGUAACUAUUGGUGGUUCUGCUUACGCGUAUAUCUCGACAAAGGAGACAAUAGGUCAGGCAACAGUUUCCGCAUCAGCUAAACCUAAGCUGCAAAUGCAGACAGUAUGA